CACUGCAUCGAAUUUAGAGAGCAGGAAAACAUGCCUUUGAGAGGAUCCGUCUCCACUUGGAUCAUUGCACUGACUGCUGCUUUGCUUCAGACGGUGGGGACAUGUCUUGCUGAAGCGCUAAAAAUCGGUGUGCCUGAGAACUAUGAUGGCAUUUUCCCCUGGUACCUGGCAAAGCUUCCGAACCUGCCAGCCGGGUACAGAAAUCUCACUGUGACCGGGGAUGAUGGGGGCAUAUUUGGAGUCGAUUCGGGGUUCCUUUACGCCUUGAAACCCUUGGACAGGGAGAAACAGCCCAUAUAUUCUCUACAGGUGUCUUUCACCGGUGCCGGGGUAACGCAGAGCUUCACGGUGGAGGUGUGCGUAAGUGAUAAGAAUGACAACGUCCCAGAAUUCGUUGAGGAGAGCAUGCGAGGAGUGGUGCAGCUUGGACUGCUUAAAGGGAUCCCCUUCAUGAAGGUGGAGGCGCGUGACCGGGACGACCCCAAUACUCUUCACGCUGAGCUCCGCUACAGCCAGCUGGACCAGACGCCCAGAAUCCCCUCUAGCCAAAUGUUCUUCAUCAACCCACGCACGGGAGACGUCUCUCUGACCGAAGAAGGGGCGUCCACACUGGACCCGGAGAUGUGCGGUCGGUACCGACUCACGGUCAUAGUCAAGGACAUGGCUGGAAAACCCACCGCCUUCUACUCGACCGGAACCGUGACCGUGGAGGUGACCGGGAACACGUGGGGCACCCCAGACCCCGUGCGCCUGCAGGAGAACCUGCCGGGCCCGUACCCCAUCGCCAUCUCCCAGGUUAAGUGGAGCGGAAGUCCAGUAGUGUACACUCUGGAAGGUGAGUUCCCUGAGAUGCUCUUCACCAUCAGCAGAGAGGGGGCAAUCUUCCUCAAUGCUCCACUGGACCGGGAGACUCAGGACCAGUUUGUGAUAAGCAUCGUCGUGGAGCGGACAGACGGCAAGGAGAUCGCCAAGCCUGUGGAGCUACGAGUGAUGGUGGGCGACACCAACGACAACCGACCCACCUUCCCCCAGCCACAGUACCACGCGCUGAUCAAUGAGCUCGCUGGCAAGGGGACCGAAAUUCUCACAGUCCAAGCUGCAGACAACGACGACCCGAAAACGGACAACGUGAGGAUCUUCUACCGGCUGGCGGGCCUGACACCGGACAGUCCCCGGGCCCUGUUCCGGGUGGACCGUGACUCAGGGGUCAUCUCCGUCCAGGCUGACAACAUGGUGGGCGCCGCUCGCCAGUACAUACUCACCAUCACAGCUGAAGAUGCCAAAGGUUUGAACAGUUCCUGUACUGUUGUUGUUGACAUCCUGGAUCAGAACAACAACCCACCUGUUUUUUCCCAAAGCGAGUAUGGUCCCUUUCACCUUCCCGAGGAUGCUCUGGUGGGCACUACAGUGACCUCUGUGUGUGCCUGGGAUGGGGAUGAGAGGGGGAGGGACAGCUGGUUGGUGGACUACAGACUGGAGUCUGGAAAUGAAGAAGACUUCUUCGCUCUGGAGGCUGACAGACAAACCAAUGAAGUCUCUGUGAUCCUGCAAAAGGUGCUGGACUAUGAGCACAUGCGUGGGUACUCCCUGGUUCUCAGUGCCCGGAACCCAGAGGCCCUGGUCCAUGGGGAAUAUGGACCGGCAUCCACGGCAACAGUGUCCAUCGUCAUUGAUGACAUCAAUGAGGGGCCCAGCCUCCCCGAAAGUCACUAUGAGGUGACUGUGAGGGAAGGAGAGGAGCCAGGGCGGGUCAUUGCCACAAUCCGGGCGUCUGACCCCGAUUCUAACCCCAUCAGGUACUCACUGAGAGGAGACACUAAGAACCAUUUCACCAUCGACAAGGACUCAGGAGAGCUGAGGACUGUGCAGUCACUGGACAGGGAGGAGAACAGCACCUACACCAUGGAGGUUAUCGCCGUAGAUGGGAAGAACUCCUCGCUGUCCGUCACGGCAGUGGUGACCGUGCACAUCCUGGACGUGAACGACAACAGCCCGGUUUUGGUGGGGGACUACUCGUGGAAGUACCUGUGCAGCCCGCGCUGGGAAGAGCAGGCCGUGGUGCUGGCGUCGCGGGACAGCGACGGCCCCCAGCACGGCGGGAGGCUCAACUUCUCUCUCCGCAGCGACGCCACCGUGCGCCGCAACUGGAAGCUCACGCCCAUCAACGAUACCCACACUAACCUUUCCCUUAAUGCUCCGACCUUGCCCCCGGAUGUCUACAUGGUUCCCUUCACCAUCUCCGACAGCAGUUCCCCCCCUAGGAGCACCUUCAUUAACCUGCCUGUGACCGUCUGCCCCUGUAACGUGAGGGGCAACUGCAGAACGGCCGCUAAGCAGCUGCAGGGCAUGCCGACUGUGGAGUCCACUCUGGGCAUCUUACUGGGAACCCUGGGGGUCAUUGCCAUUAUUCUGACAGUCGUCUUUGUGAGGCUCUCCUACCAAAAUCCAAGGCCAAAAAGCAAAACCAGCCAGGAGAGAUUGCCAUUGAAGGCUUCAGUCUAACCUUUAAAACAUGCCUUUUUGUUCAUACAGCCACUGGAAGACCCUUGCAGAACAUGUCUUAUUUGACAGGGCCAGUAUAAUUGUUUUUUUCCACCUGGAAGAACAUUCAGAACAUUUUCUGUGAGCAUUAGCCAAAAGCUGUAGACUGUAAUUCACAUUUUCAGCACAGUGAAUUCAAGUCUCACUAAGUAACCUUGCACGUGCGUUAAUUUCUCAUUUCAGGUGUAUGCAUCUGGGACAUAGAGUACAUUCAUGGAUGAUAUAAGAAAUGCUUCAUUGUCAAACUGCUUUUUGUGCUUUCAUUUUCCUGUGUUUUUUUCAUUGUAGUUUUCUAAUGCCUUCAGCAUAAUGUUAAUUUAAUUAUUUUAGAAUAGUAAGUAGAAAAAAUUAAGACUCAAAAUCAUAUUUCCUUACUGUAUGUGUGAAUGUGACAAUAUAUUUAAACAGAGUAGUGCUAAACUAUAUAUGUGGCUUGUUUCUUCUGUUAUUUCUAUCCAUAAUAUUUAUGUUAUAAAGAUAUUCUGUUCAAAUCUAUAAUAAAUUAUAUGUUAAAAAA